UCUCUCUCUCUCCCUCCCUCCCUCUCUCUGUUCUCCUUUUUUAAGGUGUGCAUUAAUUGUGAAUGAGUUGAGAAAGAUCAGAGCAGGGUUUUCAGCUGUCCCCAGUGUAGAUAGACUUUCACUUCGAGGACUGUUCUACAGAACAACAUGCUGGCUAAAGUGGUUGAUAAACAGAAGAAUGAACAAGCUGCUUCUUCUGCUCACUGUUACGCUGGACCUGGAGAUGUGUAGUGUGAUUCCUGCACUGGAAAACCCAAAGCCAGUAAUUCCUGUCUGGUGUUUCAGGCCUCCUAUUGUGAAGAUCAUCUUAAACCUAGUCGAAGCCUGUGCAGAGCUCCAAGAGAAGAUCUGCUGUCAGCACAACAAACCGAGAUCUACUGUUGUACUGACCGAAGCCUCCUUUGUUAUUUGUGUACGAUGGACAAACACAAAGGUCAUGAUAUGGUGGCUGCUAAAGCAGAAAGAACUGAAAAACAGAAUGAGCUAAAGGAGGAGCAGAUGAAAUCCCAGCAGAGGAUCCAGGAGAAGCAGGAGAAGGUGCAGAAGCUGAAACAAACUGUGGACACUAUUAAGUUGCGUUCACAGGCAGCAAUAGAUGAGAGUGAGAAGAUCUUUACUGAGCUGAUCAGCUCCAUGGAGAAAAAGCGCUCGGAGGUGAAGGAGCUGAUCAGAGCUCAGGAGAAAGCUGAACUGAGUCGAGCUGAACGACUCCUGAAGCAACUGGAGCAGGAGAUUGCUGAUCUUAAGAGGAGAGUCACUAAGCUGGAGCAGCUUUCACACACACACGAUCACAUCCAAUUCCUCCAGAGUUUCCCGUCUCUCUGUGUUUCUCCUGGAUCUGAGGACUCACCCAGCUUCACUGUCAAUCAACAUCUCUCAUUUGAUGGAGUGAGGAAAUCUCUCUCAGAUCUGAAACAACAAGUCGAGGAAAUGUGUGAGGAGGAAUUCAACAAAAUCCGUAAAGAGAGGCAUAAAAGUCAUAUAACAGAAAUAAGAAUUCAGAUGAUUUCACCCUCAGAACCAAAGAGCAGGAAAGAUUUUCUGCAGUAUUUUUGUUAUCUGACUUUGGAUCCCAACACAGCACAUCCUUACCUCAUUCUGUCUGAGGAGAACAGAGCGGUGACACACAGUAGGACAGAACAGCGAUGCUCUGAUCAUCCUGAGAGAUUUGACUACUGGCCUCAGGUGUUGUGUAAGGAGAGUGUGUGUGGACGCUGUUACUGGGAGGUAGAGUGGAGCAAUGUUGUGGAAAUAUCAGUCUCAUAUAAAGAGAUUGGCAGAAAAGGAGGGGGUAAUGAGUGCUUGUUUGGAUACAACAGUCAGUCCUGGAGUCUGUGUUGUUCUUCUUCCUCUGUCUAUUUCCUGCACAACAGUAUUAAGAAGGUGCUCCAAGGUCCCGUGUCCUCCAGAAUAGGAGUGUAUGUGGAUCACAGUGCAGGAACUCUCUCCUUCUACAGCGUCUCUGUCAGGAUGAGGCUCCUCCACAGAGUCCACACCACAUUCACUCAGCCUCUAUACGCUGGGUUCUGGAUAUGGGAUUAUAAUUUACCUAUGAGGUUACAUUAUCUAAAACAAAAUGUUAGUAACCAAGUUCAGUAAAAUUCAAAUUUUGAUGUCUUCCUAACCUGCGGUGGCACUGUUGUGUGCAGAAAUUUUCUAUACACACAAAAGUUACAUAAAUAAUCUUUUAUUGCAGAAUGUAGGAUGUUUGUAGAAAAAGAGAAACGUUAUUAAACAGACUCCUUUUAGGAGAUUUAUUUUACUGAUAUGAAAAAUCUACAAUGUCUCAAAAAAAUUCUGUUUUGGCUUUGGCAAAGAUUGUCUUCAGACACAAUAAAACUUUCUCAGACUGCUGAAUCUUUCUGUUUUGCUGCUGGUGGAAACACACUAUACUGUGUGUCAAGGCCAUAAGCACAUCCUGAACAUUGGGCCAGACCAAACCAUUUGGUGGGGGUGGGGUCAUAAAUGUAAUGGUCUUUUUUAGUUCUCAAUGUAAUAAAGGCCCAAAUAUUUAUAUAUACAUUAUUUAUAUAUACAGUGCAAUACCUUUAUAUUUAGGACCAAAAUAACUAGGUCAGUGUGUAGUACAAUACAAAAACAAGUUAGAUUAGACGUUUUAUUAUGUUUCAGAUUUACUCUUUCUCUACCUCCAGGCAGGCUUUUCAUCAUAUUAUGCACAGAUAUAGUGAAUAAUAUGUUCCAAACGGUAGAGCAGACAAAAUAUGACUUACAAAACUUCCACUGUGUAUAUACUGCUAACUUUUUUCCUGUUCCUGUCAGCUUUUCUGCUGUCCUAAAGAAAAAAAUUAUAUCACUUGAUUGUCUUUUAUUAUUGUCUAUGUGAUUAUAACUGUGAACACAGUCUGAAAACAGCAUCUUCUUGGUGCCAAAUUGUAAUGUAGUGUUGUAGCAAUAAAACUACUAACAAUAAAGACAAAUUCAGUAUGAUUUUAUUUUCCAUGAAAAUUCAUUUUGUCUGUAUUAAGAUGGAGACUGUUUUUUUUUUCAUACUGUAACCUUAUAAACACCUGUCCUAUUACAGUAAUUUGGCCUGGACCACAUAAGUCCAACUUUGGCAGAUAAAAAAGUGUAGAAAUCAUUUGGCCCAUACCAAUGCCAAACAUCUAUUUAAUUUUGUUGGGGUUUUUUUAAGUAAUGUGUGUGUGUUCUGCUGAUGGUAAUGGAAGUUGGAGACUACACUGUUAGCAUUGUUUUAGCACAGUUCAUCAGUGUAAUGCAAUCUCAGCGGUGGCUAACACUAGGUAGCUAGCUGACGCAAGCUAACCUGACAAGAUACCUAUAUCGUUGGGAAAUAAGCUGAAAAUUAACUGUCAAAGCUUUCUAAUUUUAUCUAAACAAUAUAUUUAAAUAUCAUUACAGUUAUUUCACUCUAUGACUAAAACUCUGACAACUCACUGACUAAAACCUCUGACCACUCAAAGUGCACUUGGAGUUUUCUCUGAGGUAAAAAGUGGUUAAAAUAGUGAGGUAAACGUUAAAGAUAACACAAAUAUUUACCCUAGUAAAGUAUAAAUACUCCUUCAAAGUAUUUAAGUACAAUAAUAAAGUUUUGGUUUUUUUUACCAUUGUUACUACACCCCACUGUUUUAAAGGCUUGAGCAUAAUGUGGAUCCUUAUUUGGCUUCCACUGUACUGAAAU